CGUGGGGACCAGUUUCCCCUUCACAGUUGAAAGUUAAAACAAUAGUGUCACUACAGUAAAUCACACAUACGCAGGACAGUGCAGGGAGAAGACACAGCUGCAGACGUAGAUUAGAGCUGAGGUUAGAAGUAGAAGUUACUGUAUUUGACCACAAGUUUGUUAAGAUGUCAGAGGGAGUCUAUGAAAAUUCAAAUGGAUUUAAAGACGAUGAGGCUGAUGCAAUGAAGAACACAGACAUGGAUGGUCAAUUAUAUGCCAACGUAAGAGCCUUCAAACUCAGUCCAAGAGAUGGAGUUGUUGCUUCAGUACAUGUUCAGUGGUGGAAGAGACCCUCUGGAGUUGCUGCAGUGUGUCUGGGGCUGCUGUGUGUUCUCCUAUUGGCUGGGAUCAUAGGCCUGGCUGUCUACUAUGGAGUCAGUAGUCAUCGUGACUCAACAGAGCGAGACCUGCUACAGGCCAGUUACAGCCUUCUGACUAAUGAGAGAGACCAGCUGCAGACCAGUUACAACAACAUGACUGAAGAAAAAUACCACCUACAGACCAGUUACAACAGCAUGACUGAAGAGAGAGACCAGCUACAGACCAGUUACAGCCUUCUGACUAACAAGAGAGACCAGCUGCAGACCAGUUACAACAAAAUGACUGAAGAAAAAGACCAGCUACAGACCAGUUACAACAACCUGACUGAAGAGAGAGACCAGCUACAGACCAGUUACAACAACCUGACUGAAGAGAGAGACCAGCUACAGACCAGGGUUAGGUUAUCUGAGGAACCCUGUCUAGCUGAAUGGUGGAAGUUUGGCACCAGCUGUUAUUAUGUCUCCUCCAAGAUGAACACAGCUGGGGCCGGUCAGAAGGAGUGCAGAACAAUGGGAGGAGAGUUGGUUGUUAUAAACAGCAGAGAAGAACAGAUAUUCAUUAACGGAUUUAAGAAGAAUGUCUGGAUUGGUAUUUAUAAAAAAGACGGAAUCUGGCAGUGGGUUGACAGCACACCAUUUACAACUACGUAUUGGAUGGAAGGGGAACCUAAUAACUUGAAUGACAAGGGGGUUUGUGUUGAGAUCUCACAGACAGCAACAGACCCACUGAAGAGUUGGAAGGCCGGACCAUGUGUUCCAAAACACUGGGUCUGUGAGAAACCAAUCACAACAUAAUUAUUGGUCAUCCCUGUGAUAGGUUUAAGAUGCUUUUGUCUCUCUCUUUCUCUCUUUCUAGUUGUUUACUGGUGAUGUCCAGUAGUUAUCAUGUUGAUAAUCAUGCUGAAUGGUUAAGUGAUGAUGUCUAGUAGUUAUCAUGUUGAUGAUCAUACUGAAUGGUUAAGUGAUGAUGUCUAGUA